AUAAAAAAAUUAGUUUUAGAGAAAGAUACUUCUAAAAAGUUGAUAAAUAACACUUUAAAAAGCUAAAUAGGACUCUUUACAAAAAAAUUAUAUUUCUAAUAAGUUAAAAAUAAACCAAAAAUUAAAAGCAACAUAAUUAUUUCAUAAUGACUACUUACUAUUGUCCUGGAAAUAAUCCUUUUACAUGUAUUUUCCAGACCAUAUUAGGACUGCUUCCAUUUGCAUCUCUUUUUUACUUUUAUUGGAUAAUCAACAAAUAUAUUAAAGCAGAAGGAUACAGCCUUUAAAUGCCACCUUAUUAAUUAACACAUGUUUUAAAAUUGGUAGGCUCUUGUAUAUUUGGAGCUUUAAGUUUAGCCAGACUUAUACUUGAAAUAGCCAUGGGAAACAACAAUUCGUCUAUCCUGUUAUAUAUUAUUUAUAGUCUCUAUCUCAUUAUUAGUGUAGUUAUAACCUACUUAAUCAGAUAGGAAUACAAUUUCUUGGGAUAUUCAACUCCAUUUUUAAGAACAUUUUUGCUAUUUUUCGAAUCUUGCUAUGCACUUAUGCUUAUUCUUAGCGAAAUAUUUCCAAAUUAUGAAAACGAUACUACUUUUACUGCUAAAGAGGUCAUUUAAGUUUUAAUUCUUUCAAAUAAUUUGAUACUUUUAAUUAUUUGCUUUGCUUAUAAAAGCGAUACAAAAAGCAAUUAGCACGAAGAAAUUGCAGAUUUUGGCUUUAAGCUCAGAAAGAAAUAUUCUUCAAGCCUUAUUAAAAAAGUUACUGAAACGAAUAAUUAAGUGAAGGAUGAUAAUGACUUAGAGAAAUAGUUACUUCGUUAAAGCAUAAUAAGCGAUUUUUUAAGUUAAACUAGUGGUCCAAGCUAAUUAAAAACAAUUCAAAGCAAUGAAUUUAGCUAUUUUGAUGGCAAUAUAAGUAAGCUAUAUAAAGUGAAUUUAGAAGUUGUAGGUAUUUAAUCUAUCAAAGUUACUUUUGAAGAACAAGUUAAGGAUGAAAAAUCCAAAAAACAAAAUUACAUAUUCAAAAUUUAGGUUAAAACUAAAACUGAAGAAAACCAUGAAACUUUACGUAAUUUAACAGAAUUCAUCAAUUAUAUAAAUGACGUUAAAUCAUUUUUGUCCUCUCUUCAGUAUAUAUUAAAUGAAGUAAAAAAUUUUGAUCAGAAGACAAAAGAUAAAAAUAAAAUCAAUUAGCUUGCUUUAAAUCUAGAAAAAAUACUAAAAUAUAUUGUAGAAAAUAAUUACAUGAAUUCCUAUUUUUAUUAAUUAACUAAGUCAAAUUCUGAAUUAAUUUAAUAUGGCAAAGAAAAUUCUCUUUUUUCUCAUGACCACUAGCAUGAUGCAUAGGACAAGCGUUAAUCUAGUGAAAUAAAAGAGUCAGAAUCAGAAAACAAAAAGGAAAAGAAAAACAAAAAGAAUAAAAAGCCAAAAUAAAAGGAAAAUAAUCCAUCAAAAGUAGAUGAAAUUCAAAUAGAUUCUAAAAAUUAAGAAUAAUUGAAUUUAGAAUAAAUAAAGGAAUAAUAGAAGGAGGAAAGCAGUUUAGAAGCUCAAAAGUUGCAAUAAUAAAUAGAAAAUGAAUAAUAAUUUAACAAUGAAAAGGAUGAUGUUAAUCCAUAGAAUCAAAAUAAAUAUUAAAAUGAUGAGGAUAUUGAGGAAUCUAAAGAAAAUAACGAAUUAUAAUUGAACCAGAAAGACUUAGAAUAAUAUUAAAACCCAGAAUUGAAUUAAUUUGAAAGAAGUUAAUCAUUUAAUUAAACCAAGCAAAUAGAAGAAUCUGAUUUUUAAUUGAUUACCUAAAGAUAAAGUAACUAAGAUACAUUCUAAAGAAGUCAAUCUAUAAUGCCAACAAAUUUAGUAAGAAACUCACAUUAAUAGAAUUAAAUCACUCAAAAAUCUAAAGAAAUCUCACAUUAAAGUGAGUUCUUUUAGGUUUAAUUUAUAGAGAGCAAAUAGGUUGAUAAUUUCACUGCUUAUGUUUACAAAAUCAAAGAAAGAUAAUCUAGAUGGGAAAGUGUCAUAUAAAAGAGAUACUCUUAAUUUGAAAAGCUACACAAUUUAUUAAAACCAAUAGCAAAAGCAAAGAAGAUCAUUUUACCAAACUUACCAUACAAAAAUGAAGAAAGUGGUUUAUUUACUUCCAACAAAAACUAGAAUUUAAUUGAAUUCAGAUCAAAGGAACUCAAGAAUUAUUUAUAAAAAUUGCUUCUAGAAAAAGGUUUUAAAAAAGAAUAAAUUCUCUUGGAAUUCAUAAAUUUUGAAAAAAUAGAUGAAGAGAAUCAAAAUAAGAAAUGAAUAAUUAAUUAAUAAAAUAACUAAGAAAAUAAUAAUAAAUAUUAAUUAACAUUUUAUAUAACGUAUUAAAUUAUAUAUUAACAUGUAAUAUAGAUCAAAAUUUAAUAAAUUUAAUCUUUUAAAUUCG